UGCUUUCUACAUAAAUAACAAGGGCUAUAUGCUCCAAACAAUAAUUACAGUUCAUCUGACUGUUCACAGUGAAAGUCUCAGCCUGUUUUAUCUGUGGAGCAUUUUCUUGAAAAGUUUGAGAGAUGACUUCUCACAACAUGACGUGGAUCAGUUACCCAAGCAAGAACUUGGAUUUCAACUCCCCAGAAGAAAUUGAAGCCUUCAUAGCUUCUCAAAACAUCAUAUCAAGACUUAUGCACUUUUACAUUGCCUUUUUUGUACCAACAGGAUUAAUAGCUGGCAUAUGUAUUUUGGUCAUUUUCAUAAAGAGUUAUUUGCAGUACAAAGUCAUAGAAAACUUAGACCUACAUCUUUUACACUUCACCAUCAGCAAUAUUAUAAUAAUCCUUUUAUCAUUUACUGUCAUUCCAAGACCUGACUAUUUAAAAGCAACCCACCUUGCAUGUAAUGUACUGUCAUUUUUUUUCAACUUCAGCUAUUUCAAUUCUCAGUACGUUUUGGUUUUGAUGCUUCUCAUACUGUUACUCAAGAGAUUUCCACCAAGAACUGCUCUCAGCAAAGCAACCCAAAGACCCAUUUUGUGUGUUGGAUUGGUCCUUCUCUAUUCCUUCUGUUUGUCACUGGCUGAAGCAGUACUGGUUGGCACAGAUAACUACAGCUUGGAAACAGACUGCCAGUUAGAUCCAUUGUUUGCGUGGCCUGAAUACGAGAUCAUUAAGUUCACCUUUGGAUUUGGAAUCUCAUCCUUUCUUCAGAUCCUCUGUUUCACUGUGCUCUUUGCUAAAGAAGCACCUGAAGCUCCAGCCUUACCCCAGCACAUCCGUGCUUACCCUGCUGCCUACCUUAUAAACAUAACAAUAUUUAUCUGCCGCCUCUUUUACAACGUGAUGAUUCUCUUCAGGACAACCUUCAAACUGCAGAAGAGCAGUGGAACUCCGAAGAAUGAACUCGUGAUGAAUAUUGCAGAAAUAGUGUUGUUCUGUGAGAGCUGUGCUAGCUUGGUAUUUAUACUUUGCUUUCACAAACCAUGCAGAGAUGAAAUCCUUAAAGUCCUCCACAAGUGCCGAAGGGAAGACACUGCCAGCAAUCACCUUGAAAUACCAGUAACAACUCUGACCCACGAAACUGGGUCUCAGUAACACUUGCUGUUCUGAAGAUCUAUUCAUCCACUUCAAUUUUUAGUUUCUUUGUGGGUUUGGAUUUUACUUCUUCAAGAAAGGAUAAAUAUUCCUUCUUUACAACCCAAACUUGGACUAUCAUACAGCUAAGCAGUAUUGGAAGAAAAAAAAUAUUUAGUUCUAGUAUUUGCAG